CAGCUGGGAGGUCUGCCACCAUGCCGUACCUGUCAAAGCCUGUCACAAACCUCUUUCUGCCCUGCGGGCAGAAAUGAAAUUCCAGAAGUGCUGGCAAUAAGGACACACAGUGACUGAUAGAAAUCACCUGCACAUGAUUUGAAACACAGAGGUGUGUUCACAGAAAAGGACAUGAUUUAUCAGCUGAUUACUGCUAUCUUCAUUGGAGAAACGCUCCUGAUGCUGGGAGGUCUUGGAGGGGCCACAGCAUCUGACCUCCAGGUCUAUGGGAAAUUACUUCACAGUGAUAAGACAUUGCUGAGCAGCGAAGACGGAAGACACACUGUGAGGAAACAGCCGCACCAAGAAACAAAUAGUGAAAUCCGCAGGAGUUUGGAUCUCGAGAGUUUCAACAUGCAUGUGACCCCGACCACCAGCAAAAUCAGCCUCCCAACCAUCAUCAGGCUCUACCCGCCCACUGCCAAACCUGUCCACAUGCAUGCCAACAUGCCCAUGCGCUUUGGAAGAGAGAGCGAUCCUGGUGAUGACAGGGCACCAAACUCAAACCCCAACAUGCCCCAGAGGUUUGGACGGUCCUGGGAGGUGAUUCGAAUGUGUGCCGAGUGUCCUGAUAUCAGAGAAGCACCAAACCCAGCGCUGCCUGAGCGAUUAGGGAGAAAUAGUCCUUUCUGGAUCCUCCUGAGGACUCUGGCCAGUGAACGGUUAUUUAACACUGGCUUGCACUGGGCUGAGGAUUUCGACUUUACAACCAGCUCAGAAGAGGUGGAGAUGGAAGAAAAAACCUUUAAAGGAUGAAAGGGGCUGCACAGGCCUACAAUCAGGUC